UACUUUUCAGUUCAUAAUUUUUCAAAAAUUGAGUAUUUUAUAAUUUUUAUUUACUCCGGAAUUCGGGAUCGUGUUUUCGUUAUACCGGUGCACAGUUCCAAAACUUCGUAUUUCUAUCGCAGCUUCAAUGCAGUUGUUAUUUGGAAGAACUGGUUUUGUGUAGAAAGCGGGUGGCGGAUCGGUGAUUGCACACUUUCGUGCUAUGACAUCAGCCGACUGAAUCCUCAUGUUCCCUUCCUCGAACUCCAUGAAAUCUGGCUGGUCUUGCAGAGUUCACUGAAUCUGUCGAAUCCCGCAUUUUUAUCCUUGCCAUCCACUGCACCUUCGAGUCUCCGACGAUUUGCAAUCUAGUGGAUGCGCUCUGCAAACCAUGGCCAACUUUUUCGACAGUGUUACCAAAGAGGCUUCCUCAACCGACAGCUUCCUCCCCGCGCAGACCCUGGAUCUGGAUGCCCUGGCCGCCAUCCCCACGGUGGUGGAGAAGGUGAAUAUUGACGGGGUGGGCCGGACGAAGGAUGUGGUGUUGCAGCGUGAGUGCCAGCGCAUCUUCGCCGCGGCGACAUUCGAGGAGUUGGUGCUGAGCAUCGACCACACCAUUCGCGAAUUUCAGCGUCUGGGCCUGUUUAGUGCUGUCGGGGCGCUGAUUGAUGUGGGCCGCGGGGGACCGCAGCAGCACAACUAUGAAGUGUCCUUCUUCGUUAAGGAGCCUAGUCGGAUUCUGGGAUCGCUGCAGACGACGGUGUCGGGCAGCGGCGACACGGGGCUCAAUGUGGCCGUCGAGAUGCCCAAUACGUUCGGGGCGGGCCAGCGGAUCCGCGUCGAGGAAGGAUUCGGAACGAAAACGAAAUCGCAUUUCUCCUUAUCCUUCACUCAGCCUAUACAGCUGUCCCCUCUCCAGCACAUCACUGGCGCUCUUUUCCGCCGCAACUUCGUCCUAGACGCCAGCGGGCUCUUUAACAUUGAUCACGGCGUUUCCGUGGAUCUGCACACGCAGCUGUCGCCCUGGAUCCGCCACCGACUGGGCUGGGAAGGCGCGUGGCGUUUCGUCAACUCCGCCUCUCCCCUUACGCCCUACGACGUGCGCCAGUACACUGGGCACACGCUCAAGUCAGCAGUGAUCAAUGAAGUGGCGCGGGAUACGCGCGAUCAUCCCAUGCUCCCGGAAUCAGGCACUCUGGUCAGGGGCAGUUGUGAAGUAGCCGGAGUGGGCGGCGAUGUGCGGCAUGUUAAGCCGGAGGCGCGGCUGGAAGUCAAUGUGCCGUUGGUGGCAGGGAUCAGUGUCCAGGGGACGUUUGGGUGGGGUUACGUCGCCCCGGUGACAGCCAGACCGGUCAAUAUUGCCGAUCGCUACUUUCUCGGCGGGCUGAACUUUCGGGGUUUCGCUCACAACCACGUGGGUCCGCACUCGGGCAACUACGCCUUGGGCGGCAACAUGUACUGGACGUCGGGCGCGCACGUGUACGCGCCUCUGCCCUUCGGCGACCCCUACCAUCCCUUCUUGCGGCACAUCCGUCUGCACGGCUUUUUUAACACCGGCAACGUGGGCAGUGUGGGCGGCAGUCAGCAUCAUCACUGGCGCACUCUAUUCAGCGAUUUCCCCGCUUCGGUGGGCGGCGGCAUUGCCGUGGCGCUAGGCAAGUUCGCCCGGCUGGAGAUCAACUGGGCGCGGGUGCUGCGUGCCAACGACAGUGAGAUACAAGCCGGCCGGCUGUCCUUCGGGUUGGGCGUGAAUUAUUCGUAGAGCUGUGCGCGAGGGAGGGGCACGGGUGAGGAUAAAACUGAAAAGGGCAUUUCGGGGAUUUUUGUGAGCAGUUUUGUUUUAGCGUGAACAGUUGCAGCAUCUGCGUGCCUGUGUGUGUUUAUUGGCAAAAUGGGUGGAAAUUAUGGAAUUAAAGUGGUUUGUUAUUGAGUAAAUUAAAGAUGAUGGUGAUAAUAGAGUUCAUUCGGCAUUAAAAAA